GUGCGAUUUGACGUAGAGGGCCUCGAUAGCGGGCCAAAAUAGCAUGUCCAGGAUUAAAGAAACCAUCUCCUUAUCUGCUUGGAACUCCCUUAUUGCAUAAACAUGUCGAUAUGGUGCAAGAGUAUUUGCAAGUGCAAAAGGAGGCAUGAUCUUCUACUGGGUGUUCUAUUAUGACAAAUGCCUGGACAGAUGGUCGUGGAAGAAGUUUAAUGAAUUUGGUUACUCAUUGUUCCAGAGGUGUGUGUUUCCUUGAUGCCAUUGAUGCUUCCUUGGAGGUUCACGAUGCAAAGUACAUCUAUAGCUUGGUAAGCUCUUGUAUUACUGAAAUUGACCCUGAAAAGGUUGUGCAGCUCGUGACUGAUAAUGCUUCAAAUAAUAUGGCUGCAUCAAAGUUGCUUAAAGUGAAGUAUCCUCCUAUCUUCUGGACAUCACGUGCAGCCCACUGUAUAGAUCCCAUGCUAAAAGAAAUUGGAAAUAUAAGUAUGGUAGAUAACAUCAUUCAAGAAGGAAAGCCUAUCACAAAUCUGCUUUAUAAACAUGUCAGAUUGCUGGCCAUUAUGUGAAAAUUUACCAAAGGUGACUUGGUUCGAUCUGGUGCUACUCGAUUUGCCACUAGUUACUUGAACUUAAGAAGUCUCUAUGAUAAAAAAAUGAAUUGAAGCAAUUGUUUGGUUCAGCCAAAUGGGAUAAGAGUCCAUGGUCUAAAAAAGUUGCAGGACAGAAUGCUCAUGAUUUGGUCAUGAACUAUAGGUUUUGGUCAAAUAUGCUUGAGGUUAUAAACUAUUUUGAGCCACUUACAUUUGUACUUAGGAGGGUGGAUGGUGAUGUUCCAGCAAUGGGAUACAUUUAUGGUGACCUUCUCAAAGCAAAGCAGGAAAUUGCAGCAUGCUUAAAUAGAAAUGAGAAGAAAUAUGGUUCUAUUUGGAAAAUCAUAGAUGGAAGGUGGGACAGCAAGCUUAAGACUGCAUUGCAUAAAGCUAGGUAUUUCUUGAAUCUAAGCUUCUUCUAUGAGAACAGGAAUGAAAUGGAGGAAGAGGGAAUGAUGGAAGUAGUUAUAGAAUGUGCUACUCGUAUGUAUCGUGAUGAUAUCACUGUGCAAGAUAAUAUUGUUGCUCAGCUUAGUAUGUAUGCUGAAGCCACAGAAAUUUUUGGUACAACAAUCGCCAUAAGACAAAGGAACAGUCAAGAAAUCUCCCCAGCAAAUUGGUGGUCUGCACAUGGAACUUGUGCUAAGGAUUUAAAGAAGAUGGCUAUCAGAAUUUUAAGCUUGACAUGUAGUUCUUCCACAUGCGAAAGAAAUUGGAGUGCAUUUGAGAGUGUGCAUUCUAAGAAAAGGACGAGAUUGGGUCAAUGAAAACUGAAUGCUCUUGUCUUUGUCUUGUUCAACAAGAGGCUGCGAUGGAAGUAUUCUCAAAAGGAUAGGGACCCAUUAGUUCCAAACUUUCGAUGAGCCACCAAAUGAAUGGAUUGUUGAUGAUGCCCAACCAACACUAGCACAACUAGAAGUAGAUGAUGCUUAAAGUAGUGUCGUUAGUAGAAAGAGAAGAUUAAUACAGAAAAGCUUAUCAAACAGAGCAAAGAAAGCACGGGCUGUGGCUGAAGUGGAGGUGAAGGAAGAAGAAUUUGAAUCUUCUAGCAGUGAACAUGAAGAGGAGGAAAAUAUUCCUUAUGCAGACCAUUCAAGUGAUGAUAAGAGUGAUGAGGUUAAAACUUAGGGCAAUGAUAAUGAAUGAUGGGCUUACCACUUGAUGAAUUCUUGUGGUAUUUUUAGUGUGUAGAAGUAGA